AUGGUCCUCGCGGGGGCCGCCCGCCCCGGCGCAUGGCGUGGGGGCAGCGGCACGCGCGGCCGGCGCGCGUUGGGGAUCCUGUCUGGUUUGGUUCUUGUGCUCCAGGCAGUGGGACAGCCGACUGGAAGCUUCGACCCCAGCGAAUGCGGCUGCUCUGAUGUCGCCCCGCCAGGGGAAUGGAGUUGCGCACAACAGAGAGACUAUGGCAAAUGCCAAGCGAUUUGGAUGACGACACCAUAUCCUGAAGCGGGCCUUCCAGAUGGAUACUGCCAAACAACCUGUGGCCGCUGUGACUGCCCUGGCGCACCUGUAUUUGAGGAAGCCAUUCCGGUGCCCAUGGUGAAAGCAGAAGGCCCCUGUGAGUGCACUGAUGUUCCUGUUCCGGACAGUGCUUGGACGUGUGAGCAACAGCGGGAAUAUGGGAAAUGUUUUGCUGUGUGGAUGCGCAACGUGGAUGGCCUUGAAGAGGGGUACUGCCAAACCACCUGCGGACUGUGUCCUUGCCCCCAGCCAGAUCUCACAUCUGGGGCGAGCCCCUCACCAGCUUCAGAUGGCCUCACUGUAACUACAAGACCAUUUGCUGAAUCCUCACCUCCACCAGAGGCGGACACUGCUGAGCGGCCUGGGGCGAGCCCCUCGCCAACUUCAGGGAAUUUCACUGUUACCACAAGGCCAUUUUCUGGGUCUUCAUCUGCACCUGACGCCGAUGCUGCUGCGGUGCCUGAAGAAGAUGUAGAACCCCUGGUGGCCGAUACGACUCAGAUUGAAGCAGAUGCACCGUCGCCAGUGGCCAUGGCCGCUGAGCCACCAGCAGGUGCAUCUCUGAAUGAAACUGAAGACACUGGGGAGGAAGGGUCUGUUCUAGCAGUGACAGAGGUACCAGCUGGAGCACCAGAUCCAGAUCCGGAGGUCAGUAGGCCCAAGAGGAAGAAAACCCACGACAGGGGGACUGACCUCGGUGAUGUAACAGAGUCGGCAUCAGUGGAGGCCCCAGCAGUGGACAACAAUGAGACUGCACUGGCGCCCGUUGCGGCAGUUGCGACUCCGCCUGGUCUGGAUGUGGAUGAUCAAGGAGACGAAAAGAAGAGCAGUAAGAAGAAGAAAAAGAAGAAGAAACAAAAAGAUAAGGACAAGGACGCUGAUGAAAUAAUGUCACCGGCGCCUUCACCUGAGAUUGCGCCAACUCCUUCGCCAACAGCACUUGUGCCUUCCCCAACACCGGAGCCUGCGCCUGCACCUGUGCCUGCCCCUGCAGCUGUGCCUGUGCCUGCUUCUGCACCUGUGCCUGUGCCUGCCCCUGCACCAGUUGCGAACAGCACUGCAGCACUGGUCGCAGCCCCCGUGCAGGUCCCAGUGCCAGCACCCGCCCUCGUGGAAAAUGGGACUGCAGCUGCAGUGCCCACUCCAGUAGAGACUGAAGAGGUUGAUGCCCCAUCACCUGCCCCAGCUGUGGCACCGGCACCAGUGGCAGGCAACGUCUCAGAGGUUGAUGCCCCAUCACCUGCCCCGGCUGUGGCACCGGCACCAGUGGCAGGCAACGUCUCAGCGCCAUCACCAAGUAUUGCACCUGCCCCAACAGCAGUGCCUACUCCGGCACCAGUGCCUACUCCAGCACCAGUGCCAUCCAAGACUGAAACAGUGCCUGCACCUGCGCCCACGCCUACUGAGGACAGUGCGAAGCUGGAAGAGCCGGCCACUGCGCCAGCCCCCUCGAGUGUCAAUGAAGAACUGGAAGACCUGAGUGUACAGAUUGAGAAUAUAAAUGACUAUGAGGAUGAGCUGCCUGCGCCUCCAGAGGCACCAAGCAGGAGACUACGGUCUGUGGUGGAGAUGGCUGGCUCUGAGGAUGCGAACGUGCGCAGUGACGCCACUCAGAUGCGAGCAUUGCUUCAGAACCCAUGGGCACAAUUGGGUUUGCCUGAACAAGAUGGCUCAGAUGCAUCCUCGGCCACAGCAUGGGCCCAACUGCCCUUUGGUUUGUCAGCAGAAGACGUUCAUGUAACUGCAGCCUCUGGUCCUCCUGAGUUUGGUGCAGCGCUGGCUCCUGAACAAUCUUUUGAUGGAGGCGUUGGAGCACCAACCUUGACGCCGCCACCACCACCGGCCCCGCCACCGCCCCCACCACCACCUGUGGACACCACAUCUUGUGGAGACACGAUGGAGGCCCUUUUGAACAGCCCUAUUGGCCAGUCGAAAUUCAGAAUCAUCAACCAGCUCCUUACAAAGUCAGGGCUUCUCCAGGACCUGAAGAGCCCGACCCUGAGUGCGACACUCUUCGUCCCUGUUGACGACGCCUUCAACAAGCUUCCCAACGGCAUCACCCUGGACGCCAUCAUGAACGACAACUCCACCGAAAUGAUCAACUUCAUUCGCAAGGUGGUGCUCUACAACAUGGCGUCCGGCGUCUUCUACGUGGACGACUUCCAGGAGGGCCAAGUGCUCCGCACGUUUUACGGCAAGACGGUGGCCUCUGGGCCGGAUGACGUCUCGAACACCCUCACCAUGCACUACGGGCAAAAGCACGAAACCUGGAUUGUGAAGAGCGCAGGCGGGGAGUAUUCGGCGAAAAUCGACCUGCCAAACGUCAAGCUCUGUUGGUCCGUCAUCCACGUGGUGAACCACAUACUGUGGCCUCCGGACAGCGCCUUCAGCUUCCUGCCAGAAGCGGCAGACGGCUCAUCGUGCGAGACCAUUGUAGGCCUCCUGGAGGGUCCAACGAGCGGCGGCCAGCUGGGCACACUGACCACGCUAAUUGAACGAGCAGGCCUGAUGGGCGAACUUCGGAAUCCGGACUUCAAGGCCACCAUCUUUGCGCCCACCGACGAGGCGAUUGCCAACAUGCCUGAGCCGUACUGCAUUGAAAAGCUGCUGAAUGACGAUUCGUCAAGAGCGAUCAACGAAAUACAGAAGCUGCUGCUGGUGCACGUGGUGCCGACACGGCUGGCCGUGAGCGACCUGGAAGACGGCAAGACUUACGGCACUUUCGCCAGUGCUGCUCUCAACCUGGGAGAAGGCCGGGGGGACAUUGAGAUCAUAAAGCGGGGGAAGAAGACCAAGGUUAAGUCGGCAGAAACUGUGGCGAAGGUGGUGAGGCCAGACAUAGACGUUUGCGGGUCAAUAGUGCACUUUAUUGACCACGUGUUCAUACCCACCUUCUCGAAUAACAUCAUCGAGCUGCUUACCUGCACCCCUGAAGAUAGGCAGCCGAAAAUUCCAGAGAUAGAAGACACAGGAGAGGAUUUUAGCUCGCCCGAUCCAAGGGAAGACAGGCGCACCGAGAACGAGGUUCGCCCCGAGCCGGUGCCGGAGCCCGUGGUGCAGGCGGCCGUGGGCAACAGCGAGCCGUCGCCCAUACCGCCAGUGCUGCCGGCCGCGCCGCCCGACCCAACCGAGCCUGAAGACGCGCAAGAGGAAAGUCCGGGCCCCCCUCCGCCGGUCGAAGAUGGGACCCAGGGAACCAGCUUUGUGAAUUUCGGCGUGGUGGUUGGCUGA